AUGUCUACGCCAAUUUCUUCCCCAUACCUGCGACCAUCAGCACCCCUGGUGGACGGUCAGGCCUUCGUUCGCGGUCCCGUCGUAGCGUCCAUGCUGAAGUCACAAUCUCUAGACGGCGGCGAGAUGGAGGGACCUAUCGGAGAGCCCAAAGAAGAGGAGAAACCUGCAUAUGCUUACACCGAAUCACCACGGAAACGCUCCAUUGCUUCCGACUUCAGAUGGUGGACCGACGAGUACCGCUGUGCUGUCGUCUGCAUCGCCGGGCUCGCCGUUCUCUCAAUCCUCCUGUGGCAUUUCGACGGGAAGCUGGCUCCUGAUUUCGGCUCCGGUUUGCAGCUCGACAUGGUUGUCAUAGCCAUCAUGACACUCGUAAGAGUAACUCUGAGCAGCAUUGUCGAGUCUUGCAUUUGCCAAGGUGCCUGGAUCUGGUUCUCAAAGUCCCACCAGGUGCGGACACAUCGCUGCGCUAAGCUAGACGACUUUAAGCUCUUUGGUAAAGCCUCUUGUGGGCUUUUGGGAAGCCUAAACUUGCUCUGGAGGCUCCGUGGCCUGCACUUGUCGUGUAUCGGAGCCAUUAUCAUCAUCGUAACGCAUAGCUUCGAAACAGUCUCCCAACAGCUGUUUGUCUACGUUCAGGAACCCAUCGUGUACAUGAAUGAGAUGAACAGGCCAGCGCCCGCUCCUUUCCGAAGCGACUAUUAG